AUGGCGCUGGUGGCUGCGGCGAUGCUUCUAAUGACAACGGCGGCUCCGGCGGCCGUGGCAUUGCUGAAGGACGACAUCGAAUUCAUGUGGGGCCCGGACCACAGCUUCUUCUACGAUGACGGCAACACGCUCGCCCUGUGCCUCGAGAAGACCCACGGCUCCGGGUUCCGCUCCAAGGGCACCUACCUCUACGCCCGCUACGACAUCGACGUCAAGCUCGUCGCCAACAACUCAGCCGGCACCGUCACCACGGUCUACCUGACGACGGAUGACGUGCGGCCGGGGUACCAUGACGAGGUGGACAUGGAGUUCCUGGGCAACGUCACCGGCGAGCCAUACACGCUGCACACAAACAUCUUCGUGGACAGCGUCGGUAACCGCGAGCAGCAGUUCCGGCUCUGGUUCGACCCCACCAAGGACUUCCACACUUACUCCGUCGAAUGGACACCCAAGCACAUCAUAUUCCUCAUCGACGGCACGCCGAUCCGCGUGUACAAGCACGAGUCAUCGCGCGGCGGGACGUUCCCGACGCAGCGGCACAUGCGGCUGGACGGGAGCCUGUGGAACGCCGACGACUGGGCGACGCAGGGCGGCCGCGUCAAGACGGACUGGACGCAUGCGCCCUUCUACGCCUACUACCGCAACCUCCGCGUGACGCCGUGCGCGCCGUCGUCGUCCACCGUGGUCGCAUUGUGCAGCGAUGAGCCACCGGCGUCGGCGGCGCUGCAGAAGGUGCGAGAGCAGCAUCUGCUCUAUGACUACUGCGAGGAUCAGAACCGGUUCAAGGACACGGGGCUCCCCAAGGAAUGUACCGCGGACUAG